AUGCAACCCUUCCUUGCCUCAAAAGCUGCUACCAUAGUGGAGCUGAAGGACAACGCAACAGCACCUGUGCACAUCCGCUACUUCUCGCGUUGCAAGGGCGGCCCCGAAGUAGAGACGUCCGUGUGUGAUGACCUACACGUCGGCGAUCAGGUUGAGUUCUGCGCGGAGGUGACACUGGACAGGUGCCCGACCGACCCCGCGCUGUGGCGGCAGGUGAUCAAGAUGAGCCUCGUGGCGCUGGCCGUCGAGCUUCUUAUCUCUUCGAGUGUUAACGACGUGGACACGUGAGAAAUUGCAGAAGCUAACGAGCCGUGGCCAGCGACUGGAGCUUCUCGUUGACAAGACCAACAACCUGAACUCGGCGAGCGUCACGUCCCGCAUGCAGUCGGUGGAGGUAGCGCGCCACGCCUGGUGGACCGACGUCAAGUUCGCAGAGUCGACCUGAACACACGUUGCUAGCUUUGUUGAAGCAUAUGUCUUGUAGCAUCACUGUCUGACCCUAGCGUGCCUUGAAUUAGUUAAUUAAAUACAAUAAUACUUUAGCCAUCUGAAGACUACGGUGCACUCUUUGCAGCAACACAGGCCCAACAGAUGCAGGUUAUGCCCGUCACGUUCGAAGACAUUCCCACGUGGCGAAUCCCCAUCAGCACCUUCUGCCCGGAUCAAAAUCUCCCACUAAAAUCCGAGCUGCAGGCAACUGCGAUGAAAAACCUUUUCCUUGACCACGCAACUACAAAGCAUACAAAUUCGACCCAUAUAUACACUGACGGCUCAAAGUCGGACGACGCAGUGGGGUGUGCGGCUACGACCGACACAAAAACAAUAUCAAGACGACUGAGCCCCAACGCUUCAAUUUAUACGGCGGAAUUGUCUGGCGUCCUCUGUGCCCUGGCCCUUAUAGAUGACCACCCCGAACGUAACUUUACAAUAUUUAUAGACUCCAAAAGUGUAGUGCAGGCCCUGAGAACCUACAACAGCAAACAUCCUAUCAUCUUGGAAAUCCUGGCCUGGUUUUUGCGCCUGAUGGAGGCGGGAAAAACGAUAAGCAUCUGCUGGGUCCCGGGACACGUGGGGGUGCGGG